AAUGACAGAAUAAAGAGAGAGAAAGAGAACGACAGAAUAAAGAGAGAGGGCGAAGAUAAAUCAUGUGGACAGAUAAUUCUCUGUGGCCGGAAGUUAUAAAGUUUCAGCACAUGCAAGUCUGCCCAUUUGCAUCUCAGUCAGAGCAUGAUGAGGCCAACCGUGGGAUCUACACUACCAACACAUUCAUCCAUUAUACUCUGAUCUCAGGAAUAUAAACUUGAGAUACUUUUCUCUCGUAAAAAACUGUCGGUCACAUUGUGGUGGUGGAGACUUACCGAACGAUCCCUAGUUGGUCGAGGGUGCUCCCAUUCUCACUCCUAAUAGGUGGAAGAAAGAUGAAGCAGUGAAGUGUAAGUGAUAAAUGAUAUCUCUUUCACAACUUUAGUUCGUGUGUUUUAUUUGUAUAUAGGCAUAGCCCAUAGUGGACCUGAUGUUCAUAUAAACUACUCAUUUCUUUUGGUUCAAAUACCACACUUUUAAUAUAUACAUACAAACAUUUUAAAUCCUCUCUCUCUCUCUCUCCCUCUCAAAAUCUCUCCCCCGUUCCCAAAUCCUUCUUCCUCUGCUCCAAUGGCCGACACUCCCUUUUCUCUCUCUUUCCUCCUCCUCCUCCUCCUUUCUCUCUCUCCUCUUUCCCUUCAAUUCCAGGCCAACAUCGCCGCCGCCGACCUCCAAGCUCUAAAGGCCAUUAGAAACAGUCUCACCGAUAUCCCCCUCCGUCGGAGCCCUUCCGGUGCUGGAUUCUUCUCCACCUGGGACUUCUCUUCCUCAGAUCCCUGUUCAUUCACCGGCGUCGUCUGUGAUCUCGGCCGAGUCACAAUUCUCUCCCUUGGCACCGGCCGCUCCGACUCGCCUGGACUUGCUGGGUCCCUCCCACCCGCCAUUUCCGACCUCUCUGAGCUCACCCAACUCAUCCUCUUCCCUGGCAUUGUCACUGGUCCGAUCCCACCGCAACUGGGUCGUCUUCGAAACCUCCGUGUCCUCUCUUUGACUAACAAUCGUCUCACCGGCGCAAUUCCAGCCACCCUCUCCGCUCUCCUCCACCUCCACACUCUUGACAUCAGCCAUAACCAGCUCUCUGGAAUUAUUCCGGCGACGCUCACUAAGCUCCCCGAACUCAAAAUCCUGAUUCUGUCGUCGAACCAAUUCUCCGGCGAAAUCCCAACCGACAUUUCGUCCCCUCUCCUCCACCUGGACUUGAAAUCCAACAAAUUAAACGGUACUCUCCCGGCGUUGCCGUCGUCUAUCCGGUACCUGUCACUUUCAGAGAACUCGCUGUGGGGCCCUCUUCGCAACGGACUUGAUUCUCUAUCGGAAUUAGUGUAUCUCGACUUGAGCGUGAACCGAUUCAAUGGGCCCAUCCCUUUCUCUCUCUUCUCACACCCUUCUCUCUCCUCUCUCCUCCUCCAACGGAACUCUUUCUCCGGAGUGGUCCCGCCGCCGUCGUCCGAUUCCAUAAUCCCGGUGAUGUUUGGCGCCGGAUCCGUCGUCGAUUUGAGCCAUAACAAUCUGACCGGAGAGAUGCCGGCAAUUUUCGCCGGCGCCGAGACGCUGUUCCUGAACAACAACCGCUUCACCGGACCAGUGCCGGCGGAGUACGUGAAAAGCGUCAGCAGCGGCAGCACCACCACUCUAUAUUUACAGCACAAUUUCAUAUCCGAGUUUCCACUGGAACCCGGUACCGUAUUGCCGGACACAGCUGCGCUUUGUUUGUCUUAUAAUUGCAUGGAUCCGCCGGCGACUGUCCAGUCUUGCCCUGCCAGCGCCGGCGCGCCACUGUCUAGGCCGCCAUGGCAGUGUCCUCAGCUAAAAAGUCCAUGAAUUUAGCUACAACAGAUUAUAGAAUACAGAAAUUUUGCUUCUUUUUUUUUCUUUUUCUUUUGGGCUUUCUGGGUUAUGGUGAUUUUCUUUUUCAAGUGGGAUCAUAUGUAAUUGUUUUGCUAUAUUGAAUCAAAUGAAGAUGAACAGUUUAUUUUGUCGGU